UAAUGAAGUCAUAGUAAACUCACAGCUCAUCAAAACAAUAUAACAUUUUAAUUUUUCUGCAUAUUUUAAAAAUUUUAGCUCUAACUAAAUAUACAACAGAUUAUACGCGAAAUGAAGGACAAGGACAAGAAAACGUGUUUCGAUGACAGGCAAAAUUUCGUUGCGACUCGCAUGAGUUUACCACUCUUUAUGGUGUCUCGCAAUCGCAUACGAGAAGAUAAUUUGGAUAGCGUUCAGAAGCAAUUCAAGUUGGCGGGAGCACACUACAAUAGUCGUUGUCAACAAGAAAAUCGUGGCGAGGAAUUCAGCAGCGCUACGUAUGCACAUUAUAAGCAUUUAACCGGUUUUGAGAAGCAACCAGCUCAACCAUAUCCUGAGCAACGUCCACUGAAAUGUGACCGUUCACUUUCCACCUGGCGGAGCUAUCAUCAAGCGCCAAAUAGAUAUGGAGUUCUACCGGAACCAUAUAAGAGUCGCAUGGGUUCCAAGGGAUCAGUGUUUGCUAAAAUGCAUGUACACAAAAGUCGGGUGAGCAUUAAACCACCUGGAGCACGCUUUUACGAGAUGCCAUCGGAAAUAGAGCGGUUCUUCAAGCCGGAAAAUAAGCAAAAAGGAAUAUUUCUCUCCAAUGCUCGAGAUCAUCGUCCUAGCACUCGUGCCAUGGUUAAUGACUUAACCACAUGCUGGCGCAAUCCAGACGAUCCUGGUCCAACUGAUACUUACACUAAUGUCUACGAGAUCAAUGCCAAUAUGAAGCCAGUCGUCAAGACCACUUUAGACAAUCCCCACUUGUUUCUACCGCAGUCAUGUAUUCCAACCGGUCGUAGCCUUCGUAUAAGACGCAACAUUAGCUUCGAGCCAGGUCCGGGUCGUUAUGACAUUCGUUAUCCGAAUGUUUGCGGUUGCGAGAGGGGUAAAAAGACGAUGCCGGGUCUGACUGUAAUGAUUGAGAAACAGAAACGUUUCAAGUUUCGCCGAUUGCCGUAUAUGCGCAUAAAUUCUCGCAAAUAUUGCGAGCCGGACUGGCGACAUGUGGUCGGUCAUGGACAUGGUCAUAUCUUCAAGAUGGGUAAGCACGAUAAGCCCAAGCCACAGGCCAAGAAACCUAUCACAAAGGGCAAAAAGGCAGAGAAACAAUUGAAGAUGUUUGCCGAUGGCAAAUACCUUAAUAUGCUGGUCAAUCCCAGACAUUUUCCGAUCUCAAUCCGUGACUUUCCGGUGCCACCUUAUGUGCCGCGCAUCGUUUACAAUUGUGUUUCCAAGCGAGUGAUUCGCAAGCAGCUGCGGAACAAUAAGAAAAUUGCCUUCUUGAGCGGUCAGGAGCGUUGGAAGGAUGGAGCACGUCCUCUGCAAUUAACCGCACGUCAGCUGGAGGCCAUCAAAGAGCGUCUUCCGAUCGAGCGACGCCUCGUCGAUCAUCCUUUGGAGCUGAGGCCAUCGAAAAUGCUUAGCCGGCUGCAUCAUGUGCCGGAGCAUAUGCGUAAUACAUAUAUGCCGAAGCUGCGCAAACGUCUCUUUAAAUUUUUACCCAUACCGGGAGCUCGUGUGUUGGUCACCGAGAGCGAAAUAACACCAGACUUGCACUUUGAUCGUGAGAAUCCGACCGGGAUGUAUAAUCGAAAGCUCGACGAGACGCAAUUCUAUCGUGACUCGGUGCUCUUUGAACAAUCGGAUAUGUCGCUUGUCAAAGCAAUAAAAAAACGGGAGAACAGUGUUACAGGCUCGGUGGCCUCCAAGUUAAGUAAUCUGUCGCUGGUGAGACAAUCGAUUAGUCGCACUUCAAUGAUGCGGGGCACAGGCAAAGGAUCCGUCAUGAUGCUUAACCCUAGCGAGACACGUGCCCGAGAAUUGAAAUCAGAGGUUGCUGCUGAAAUGGCCGCUGUUGCUGCCGCCGAGGUGGCUGCUCAGGUCGCGGAAUCUUGAAGCUGAAUCUAUCUUUUGACCACAAUUAAAAUUCAAGGAUAUUAGAUAAACUACAUCGCCAAAUAAGAAACGAAUGAAAGAAAGAAAGAUCACACACGAGAGCCACGUUUACAUAGUUUAUGAUUUAUGCGUUAUGCUCCAGUAAAUUGUGUAGCCACCAAACUGGGGAGCAGCAGAAAGUAACUUUUGACCAUAAAAUAAAUAACUUUUCAGUCUC